AUGUACAACACAUUCAAAAUACGUUCUAUAAUAUCCCCAUAUAAUCAUGGUUUGAAAAGAUUGAUAUCUUCAUCAUCAUCAGAAUCAGCAGUUAAUGAACUUGAGAAGGCUGUGAUAUUAGGUGGGAGAAGUAGAAACAUCAAUAAUAACAACAAUCAAUCAACCGUUAAAGAUAAAACACAAGAUCAAGAUUUUAGACUAUUAGAUGAAAAUAUUAGAAGAGCUGAAUAUUUAUCGAAAAAUUUUAAAGAUUUAAAUAAAAUUUCAAGAUUACCUCCAAAUUUUGCUAAAAAUCAAUAUAUUCAGCCAAAUGGUGAAAAUGAUUUAAAUUCAAUAAUUUCGAAAUUUCAUGCUCCAAUUAAAUAUGCAUUUGCUUAUGGAUCUGGUGUUUUUUCUCAAGGUUAUUUGAAUUCAGAUACUCAAACUGAUUUAAUCUUUGGUGUUACAUAUCCUGAACAUUGGCAUUCUAUUAAUAUGAAAUAUAAUAAAGAUCAUUAUUCAAGUCUUAGAUAUUUUGGCUCAAGUGUUGUUUCAAAAUUUCAAGAAGUUGGUGCUGGUGUUUAUUUUAACCCAUAUGUUGAGAUUGAUGGGAAAUUAGUUAAAUAUGGUGUUGUUUCCAUUGAUACAUUAGUUAAAGAUCUUGCUGAAUGGAACACUUUUUAUCUUGCUGGAAGAUUACAAAAACCUGUCAAUAUUUUGAAAGAUGAUCCUAUUGUUAGAUUUUGGAAUCAACAAAAUUUAAGAGCAGCUGCAACUUUAGCUUAUGCAAAUUUGCCUGAUUCUGAACCUUUUGAUGAAUUCAAAUUUUAUGAGAAUAUAACUAGUUUAAGUUAUAGAGGUGACCUAAGAUUUAAAUUAGGUGCAGAAAAUCCAGAAAAAAUUAGAAAAAUUGUUGAUAAUAAUUUUGAAUAUUUUCAAACUUAUUAUUCACCAAUUAUGAAAGAAGUUAUUGAACAAAAACAUUUUGUAUUACCACCUGGCUUCACUAUAGAAAAUUCAAACAAGAAAUUAGAAAAAAUCAUCUUCCAAUCUUCAACUGCUCAAACUUUGAAAGGAAUAUUCACAGCUGGUGUUAAUAAAUCAAUCAAAUAUGCUUGGGCUAAAAAGAUGAAAUCUAGAGGUAAAUAA